AUGAACCCCCCAUCGUUCUUAGGAGGAGCCAACCCAAUUGUAGCUGAGAAUUGGGUGCAAGAGAUAGAGAAGAUUUUGGCAUUGUUACGCUGCACUGAUGAACAGAAGGUUCUUUACGCCACGUUUAAGCUAACAGAAGAGGUUGAGCGGUGGUGGUUGGCUGUUAAGCUACUAGAGGAACAGAGGUCGGUACCUACAAUGCUGACUUGGGAGCACUUUAGAGAGAUUUUUUUCGAUCGGUACUUUCCUAACACUAGUAGAGACGUUAAGGUGGAGGAGUUCCUAAACCUAACUCAGGGACAUUUGAUUGUUCAACAGUAUGCUGCCCAGUUUGUGGAUCUGUCACGCUUCGCUCCAUAUAUGGUACCUGACGAGUUCAGAAAGGCGUGGAGGUUCGAGAGGGGCCUGAGACAGGAGAUCUUCGAGCAGGUGACAGUUUUGUAG